UUCUGAUUUGGUAGUGACGUGUGGGUGGCGUUCUUUUCAGAACACAGAAGUACCAACUGUUGUAAACAUGAUUACGGCAAAAAAAAUAUUAUUUACCUUUAUCUGCCUGGCCAGAAUUAUUUAAAACCUACUGUGUAGGCCAAAUCCAAAUUCUUCCCCUAUCCCUCCAAUUGAAGGGGCAAUUGGAGGGGUAGUGGGGUCCAAAAUUGUUUUAUUAAGGGGUAGCUGUAGGGACCUAUGACUGGGUAUCCCUCUGUCACAAGGGUGUUCCGUGUUGCACAGGAGGAGAACGUGAGUGUGCCCUAAAGCACAGAAGUUUACAUUUAAAUUUAAGUAAAGAUUUUGUGUUUUAGGGUGACUUUUUAAAAUGAUAAAACUGAUCUUAUGUAUUUCUGAGCGCUAGCAGCUAUGCACUAACAUAGCUGACCGGCGACUAUUGAUGACAUCAUCGAGGGUUAGUAAUAUACGAAUUUGAAGACACUAUUUUCCCAUGUCUUUUUGUUUGGGGGGCUAAAUGUAGGAAGGCUUCUUAUAGUUUUAUACUGUGUUUUUUUAGGAUUUACAGGAUUUACAUUUUGUCAUUGGAUGGCGGAGGUCCAGAGUACUAUGUGUGACUCAGAUUCAACUUUUUCAACAGGACUACAUUUUAGUUAUUUUUUUGUUCAUUUUCUUUCUCAACAACGAACACAGAGAUUAGCAGUGACAACCUUACACUUGAUAGUUCUGAAUAGUGCUGGGUGGAUCGAUCCAAAUCAUUGAUCGUAUUGAUCUCAAGUUAGUAUCGAUUUUUAAAUCGUUAAACAUUUUGAUUUAGUUUUUUAUCAUAGUUACUUGUUUGUUUUUGUGGGUUUCUAGACUAUUUUACAUUCACUUCUUCACUUUUCAUUUAAUUUCAAGAAGUUUUUAUUUUAAUAAACUAUAUUCCAUUUAAUUUAAAAUGUUUUUCCUACUUCUGUUACUAUGUUUAUUAAGUGAUUUACAAAAUUGAAACUAAAAAAAAGAAAAAACAUUCACAGCAAUUAAAAACAAUUGAGAUUUUGAGAUUCAUAUCGCAUCCACCCCUUUUACGAAAAAUAUCAAUCUUGGUAUUGAUAUUGGUAUCGAUAUCAGCGAUAUUGACCGGUAUUGGAUCGAUAACCAAAUGCUCAGUAUUGCCCAGCCUUAGUUUUGAAUCCAGAAGACCAAAACACACCUUUACAUAGACUUUUCAUUGGAAGCGGUCGCUUAAACGUGGCAGAGGGCGGCGUAAACGUAGCUUUAGGCAGCAGACAAUGACUGUGGAGCGCUUUGGGUCUGUAAGAUGAAGCAAUAGAGAUCUAUGCCAAUUACCAGGAAUCUGAGAUCACGAAGAAGAGGUUAUGAUGUCCCCAAACCACUCAAAGGUUUCUUGUUUUGUUCCAUGAUUUCUCCCAGUUCUUCCUCUCAUGUAUUCCCACCUAUUCUCUCAUCACAUCUGGAAUCCCUCUCAGCGGAUUAAACUCUAAUAAAGGGAGGCGCAAAAACUCCCAGCAAUUAGGAGAUGAAUGGAUUCGUCAGUGACAGUGAGGUGCUGCGAAUAACCAUGUGUGCCGACGCCAUCUGGCGGGUGUCUUCUCUGAUCAACUUUUGCGCGCGCGCGGCCAGGCGGGGCGGGAGGCGUUCAGGUGGAGGAGGUGGAGGCGCGGGAGCGUGAACUAACACCUCGUCCCCUCCUGCCCCAAAACCCGAAAAUACAUAAAUAAUUAUAAUAAUAAUAAAAAUAAAUAAAAAAGAACCGGCUCUCUGGAUGCGUAAUUGCGCGCGCAGCCGGAUGGAUGCAGAGCAAAAGGACUCCCUGAGAAACUCUUUCAGAUUGAAUAAUCCAAUCUAAUUUCCGGACACGUAAAAUGAUCCACUUGGGGGGUGGGGGGCGGUGCUGCUAAAAAAAAAAACCUACAGGCAUUUGAAAUUUUAAUAAAGAUGCAGCGGAACAAAAAGGUGCGUCAGAUUCGUGCGCGCUCCUGGAUGCUGAGGGAUUUAUUUAUUUUAGAUAUUUAGAAGAUCCUUUUCAUCCAACUAUCACGCAUCGAGGAGUGAAGAUAAAUAAAAAAUCAGACUAUUGAUUCUAUUGUAAAGUUUCCAAACAAACGCGUGAUUUAGUUGCGGGGGGGAGCGACGCCGCAUCCCUCUGCUGACAGAGGGACCACUUGUGCCGCCGUCACCAGAGACAGGGGAGUCUUUGAGAGGCACCGGAGCGGACCCGAGCAGCAUAUAAAUCAGCGUCCCGGAGAGCGCCGCGAGAAGAGCUGCGUCCGUGAGGAGACCGGAGAGGUGCUGGUGAAGGUGCUGCUGCUGCUGGUGCUGGUGGGGGAUGGCGUUUUUUUCCGUCUGAAAAGGGGGAAGACAGCAACAGUCAGAAGGAAGCGAAUGUGAGAUCCGGCAGCGGGGGCGCACCGGCGAGGAGGCGCAGGACACGCACGUUCCCCCCACUUUGAGAUUAUUCUUUUUUUAUGCUUGGAGGAUUAUUCUUCAGAUUACACCAUGCGCGCCAUGAUUUGGGUUCUGUUUGGGUUUCUGGCUGGGCUUCACUGCGCGUCGCCAAGGACCGCGGCGCGGGCUGAGCUCCCCGCUGCCGGCUUCAGCAACAUCAGCACCGGCGGAGGCAGCAGCGGGGAGACCGGGGGCAAAAGAGACAUGAACCAGACCAUCAUCUCCAGGAAAAAGAGGAAGGAUCUGUCGGUGGAUUUCGCCGUGCCCUCUCUGCUGCGCUAUUACCUGGCGGAGUUUGUGAAGAGACCUCUGAACGGGGACUGCCAGACUUUCAGCGGAUGUUACUCAGUGCGCGCAAACUUGGAGAUGCACUGCGCACCUUUGCAGAAAAUUAUAGCUACUUUUGUGGAGCCCAGAUCUGCGGAUUCAGCACCGGGGAACGCGUCCUCGGACGGACAGCUCCCCUUUGUGUACAAGCGGGCGCUGUCCAAAGUUCUGAAAUUGGGCUUGACGAAGGCGAGCAGGAAAUCCAACCAAGUGGUGGUGGAAAUAGGAGAGGAGCUGAUCAAAACGGGAUGCGGGGGGCUGACCGUGUACGAGGAGGCCCCGCAGCUCAUGCUGGAGAUGGACCUCACGACCAUCCUGGAGUGGUGGCUGGGAGCCGAGGGGGGGCGGCUGAGGGUUCGGCUCAUGCCCGAGAAGAAGGCGCAGGUGCCCGGGAUGGAGGUCCGGUACACGGAGGCCAUCCGGGCUGCGGACCCCCGGCUGUACCUGCAGAUCUCCUCGCAGGGUCAACCUUCUGAUAGCAGAGCUGCUGCUGGCGUUCCUCGAGGUUAUUGGAACUUUUCCUGGGUGGCGGAAGACAACCUGAGCUUCCGAGAUGGAUCCAUGCCCAAAUCAGUGGAUCCUCGCUGCCCUGGCCACAGCAGGACUUGUGACUACCAACCGGACGACCCCCACGAGUUCACCUGGAGUAUAGUGGCGGCGGGGGACUUACGGGAGGAAAGGAAUGGGAAAAACGAGAAGAUGGCAGGAAGCCCUCAGGGCUGGGAGGAAGGUCAGUUUCUGUGGGUGAACAGUUCUGCCUUCGGAGGGCCCUGGGUGCUGAGUCCGUGGCUUUGGGGAGGCCAAGGUCUGUGCAGCCUGGACAUGGCUGUGCUGCUUCACCCAAAGCAGAGCGGCCAAUUCACCAUUUGGCUCAUAGAGCGAGACAAGCCACCCGUGGCCCUUUUUUCCACUGACACUCUGCCACGCAUCACAGGCUGGGCUGUGGUCCACCUCACUCUGGGCACACACGGAGGAUCGCCUUUUCGGAUAUCAGCCAGCUACGAUCAGCGGAUCCCUUAUGAUGAUACUGCCACCAUAGAGCCGCACUUUACGACCAACUGCACCAUGGCAUCCUCGCCUGGACCUAACAUCACGCUGGAGGGCCUGUACCACUGUCACCAGGGAUUUGGAAUCCCACUGGACAAACUGUGCGACUUCAAGACCGACUGUCCUCUUGGAGAUGAUGAGGGCGCCCGUUGUCGACACUUUCUCAAUGGCAGCUAUUGCUCUUUUGAAGAGGGUGAGUGCAGCUGGCAGUCUGUGGCGGGUCGUGGUCCUUCCUGGAAAAGGCUCCAGUCACCCUCCAAGGCCACCAGACAGAGCUGCCCGUCAUCAGGUGCUACAUUCACCGUGGAAGGAGGCCAGUCCAAGGGUCAACAUGGCUCAGCAGUUCUGAAGAGUCCUCUCUUCCCCCCACCUCUGAGGAAUGCUCCGUGCACGGUGCGGUUCUGGCUGUGCUCUGGCGGCUUGCAGAAAGGCUCGUUGUCUCUGUGGAUCCUGGAGAACAGCACCGGCCCGGAUUCUCUGCGCAGACUGUGGCAUUCAUCCAGCGAGCCCAAAUCUGACCGAGGCUGGAAGCUCAUCACUGUUCCUCUUUACGGGCUUGCAGACUGGUUCUGGCUGCAGUUCAGUACAGAAGAAGGACCUGGACCAGGUUCAGCCGUCGCUCUGGACAACGUUUCUUUCAGUAUGAACUGCUUCUUGGCAUCCAAUGGCGAGUUUCCACCAGUGGCGCCCACCUCAACCAGGCUGCCGUUUAGUCCGCCCGUCAAGACGACGCCCCCAUCGAUUAGAAGCCCUCCAGUGAACUUCCCCACCCCGGAAUACUCGAAGAAAUGGAUUUUCAACACCUGUGGGGCUGUUGGCCCUGAGGGCCCGACUCACACCCAGUGUCUCAACUCCUACAGGAGCAGCAACGUAAACGUGACAGUCGACACCCGAGGGCCCUACAAAGGCAUUCAGGCAUGGGGGGUCCCGGAAACGGGCACCUACAGGAUCACGGCGUACGGGGCAGCCGGCGGGCGCAGCGUGGUGGCCAUGAGCAGGUCACACGGCGUCUACAUCACGGGGGACUUCCUGCUGAAGAAGGGCGAGCUGCUUUACGUCCUGGUGGGCCAGAAAGGAGAAGACGCCUGCCCCAAUGCCAACACCAUUCUGAACAAGAUCUGCCAGGAGCAGAGCAGCUCCAUGGUGGACAAGAGUCAAGUGAAGGGAGGAGGAGGAGGAGGGGGCGGGGCCACGUAUGUGUUCAAGGUGGACAGAGAAGUGUACAUCCCCCUCAUCAUCGCUGCUGGCGGAGGAGGCCGAGGCUACAACAGCCAGUCAGAGACCCAGCUGGAGCAGAUGGACUAUGACCCCAACCAACUGGGGCGCAAUGGGAAGUCCCACGCUGCAGGUGGAGGCGGAGGCUGGAAUGACAGUGCUCCUGUCAGCCAGGGAGGCAGGCCGCUGGUGCUCGGGGGCCAAGGAGGGCAGGCCUGUCAAAAGUUCUGGCAGACCCGCGGUGGCUUUGGAGGCGGCGGGGGUGGAUGUAUGUCGGGUGGAGGUGGCGGAGGCUACAGAGGUGGAAACACCUCCAUAGAUGACAACCCCACAGCUGAUGGUGAUGAUGGUACAUCCUUCCUGGGUCCAGAUGGAGAGCCCUUUCUCUUCCCCCUCAAAGCCAUCGAGGGUGACGGCGAAGUGAUCAUCAGCCCGGUCCAGAACUGUAGCCACUGCGAGAGUCGAGAAUGCCACGAGAGCAAAGACGGCAUCAUCUGCUACUGCGACGAAGACCUCAAGCUGGCUCCAGACGGAGUGUCCUGCAUCAACGCCUCAGGAGUGCACCCGCUGCCUCCGCCCCCGUCCCUCUCACACCUGGCUCUGGGUCUGUCCGUGGGCACCUCGGCCCUCAUCGCCGCCUUGCUGCUCGCUGUGUCCGGAGUCAUGAUAAUGUACAGGCGUAAACACACGGAGCUGCAGUCCAUCCAGCUGGAGCUGCAGAGUCCAGACUGCAAACUCAGCAAGCUGCGAGCCUCCACCAUCAUGACCGACUACAACCCUAACUACUGCUUCGCCGGGAAGACGGCGUCCGUCAAUGACCUGAAGGAAGUGCCGCGGAGGAACAUUUCCCUCACCAGGGGUCUGGGUCACGGUGCUUUCGGUGAGGUCUAUGAAGGACUGGCAGUCGGGAUACCGGGAGAACCAAGUCCAUUGCAAGUGGCAGUUAAGACUCUUCCUGAAGUUUGCUCUGAGCAAGACGAGCUGGACUUCCUCAUGGAGGCUCUAAUCAUCAGCAAGUUCAGCCACCAGAACAUCGUGCGCUGCAUCGGCGUGUGUCUGCAGGCCAUGCCCCGGUUCAUCCUGCUGGAGCUGAUGGCCGGGGGAGACCUCAAGACUUUCCUGAGGGAGACCAGACCCCGACUGGAGCAACCCUCCAGCCUGACGAUGGUGGACCUUCUCAACGUGGCCAGAGACAUCGCUAAGGGCUGCCAGUAUCUAGAAGAAAACCAGUUUAUCCACAGGGACAUCGCCGCUCGAAACUGCCUCCUCACCUGCAAAGGACCAGGCCGGGUGGCCAAGAUUGGGGAUUUCGGAAUGGCUCGGGACAUUUACAGGGCCAGCUAUUACAGGAAGGGUGGGCGCGCCAUGCUGCCGGUGAAGUGGAUGCCACCUGAAGCCUUCAUGGAGGGCAUCUUCACCUCCAAAACAGACACAUGGUCGUUUGGGGUGCUGCUGUGGGAGAUCUUCUCGCUGGGCUACAUGCCGUAUCCCAGUCGCAGUAACCAGGAGGUGCUGGAGUUUGUCACCAACGGAGGGAGGAUGGACCCCCCGAAGAACUGCCCCGGCCCGGUGUAUCGUAUCAUGACUCAGAGCUGGCAGCACCAGCCUGAAGACAGACCCAACUUCUCAUCCAUCCUGGAGAGGCUGGACUACUGUCUUCAGGAUCCCGACGUGGUGAACACGCCUCUUCCUGUUGAGUACGGACCGCUGCCUGAGGAGGAAGAGCGGGUCGCCAUGCGCCAGGACGACGCCUCAGCGCCGGCGGUGCUGGUAAACGCCCAGGUGCCCGCGGGGGAGGCUCCCCCACCUCCCCCUGCGUACCCAUCAGAGGAGAGGAGGGGAGUGGAGCACCACGCGACGGCGAGCGUCGCGUCGGAGGUCAAAGCACAGAUGUCCUCUCUGCCCCAACCCUGCCCCCACCAGCACCAGCAGCCCCACACGCAGACCUCCGUUGCCAUGACGACCACCAACACCGUCACCUCCGUUGCCCCCUCCGCGCUCACUGCCAAGGGACUUCACGUCGCCACCCAGCCAAACCCAGACGGGGGGCACAUCAACCUUGCCUUCAUGCAGGGCCACCCCCAGGAGAAGGAGGGCCCCAACGGGAAGAACACCAGCCUCUGGAACCCCACCUACGGCUCCUGGUUCCUGCAGCAGCAGAUGAAGCAGCAGCAGCAGCAGAGGCAGACGGGGGUGGGAGGGGCCGGAGGGAGCAGCGGUAGGGUGCCCGGCGAGGGGCAGGAGCACGUGAGCCGGACAGUGUCUGAAGUGGCGGGGGCGCUCGGUCUGCAGCACCAGCACAAGCAGUUUCAGCAUCAGAUGCAGCUGCUGCACCAUCAGCAGCAGCAGCAGCAGGCUCUCCACCGGCCGCUCUUACCCCCACCCCCUCCACCUGCCGCACAGUCACCUCUGCUUCUAGACUCAGCUGCUCUGGCUCCGGUUCCCCUCUACAGACUGAGACGGUUCCCGUGUGGGAACAUCGGAUACGGCUACCAGGAGCACGCUCUGCCGAUGGAGGCCGCCCACGCCAACAGCAACCCCCCCAGCACACCCAUGCCCCCCUCAGCAGCCCACCAAAGGGGCUCCUCCGGUCCCCCUCCCAUGUUGUUCAGGACAAAGGUGCCACAGAAAACAUUUUCUUCUUCAUCACCCGCUGGUCACUUUGAAGACACUCCACCACAUGAAAAAGCUUUGGGAAAAACACCCAGGAAAAGAGUUUUUAAGCUAAAAAAAAGUGUAUUUUUUAAAGCGCUGGAAGGAUGAGGACUGAGGAAGAGGAGGACAAACCCCCUCUGUCUCAUCCACUCGAAGGUUUAACCCUUUCCUUUCUGCCAGACUGAAAACAGACAGAAACUUUGUUCGACCUGCCAGCCUCGUGUGUCGGCUCCUCCACAGGAACCCUUUGAUUCGGGGGGGCACAGCGUGUACAAAACUAUUUUUCCAGAAUAUCUUCAAACCAGACGCUGGAUCAGACAUUUAUACUUAAAAAAAGAAAAAAAAAAGAAAUACUGGGAAAAAUGUGUUUGUUGAUGUUUGCUUGCCUGCUCGUUUAUUUAUUCAUCUGUUUAUUUAUUAUUUGGAAGUGGCACUAUAAAUUAUUAAAGAAUAUGCCUCUUCUAAUACAAAUCAACUUGCAUUUCAUCCACUGGUUUAAGUUUUCAGUUCUUUUUUUCUGUCUUCAAACAGAGAGACAGGCAGAACCGCUGUGACUCGGGUCGCAGGUGAUCGGUUCUGGUCCUAAAAGUCAAAGCAGACAGAUGAAGUGAGCUGGAGGUGUGAGUGGAGGACGGGACACAAAGUCCUCUGCAGCUUCAGGGAGUUCAGUGGAUGAAAGUCAUGAGUGUUUGCUGUUCUGUUAGAGGCUUUGAAAAAGUGACAGCUGGACUCAGUUCUCCGUCUCUCCAUGGCCGUACAUCAGAGGUGGGCAAACUGCACCCCGGGGGUCACAUGCGGCCCAUGAAACUACCCUAUUUUUUGGAGAAUAAGUCAUGUUUAUUUUUGCUCUUUAAAUUUACUUAAAAAAAAGAAUUUUGACUCAUAUAUUUGUUAUUUUCCCACCAAAAACGAUUGUCCUGUAGCGGUUAGUUUCCACUAACAACCACUAGAGGGCAAGAAUCUGAUUGUUCUCCUGAACUGUUUUUUGAUAUUUUUCUUGCAUUGAGACAUUAUUAUUCUAGUUUGUAUUUUUUCCUCCUCUGACUUAUUUACACCAAGUCAUCAAACUGGGUUACAGACACAGAAGUACCGCUGAAAGCGCCGUCAUUCAGACGCAGCUCCUGCUGUAAAAAAAUAAAAAAGACAGAAUGAAUUCAUGAACCUAGAAAUGUAGACAUGAUUUAUUUUGUCUAACUUUUCAAAAUAAAUAAUUGUGUUAUAAAUAAAUAAAACAUAUAGUGAACGCUUCCAUGAAGCGAUGAGGCUAAAAACUUUCCGAUAGCUCCUCCCACAAUGAACUUUUGUAAUUGUCUUGCAAAUGUGCGACUUAAAUAAAUGAUUUUAUUUUCUUCUUUAUUAAGCCAUUUUUUUGUUGUUACUUAUACUCCAGAAAAUAUGGUAUUUAUUCUGGCCCGCAAAGCUGCAAAAAAUGAUAUCGAUUGUCUUUAUUAAUGUUUUAUAUCCCGGCAUUGCCAUACAAAUACAUUGACUUUUGUUUAUGUCGGGGGUCUGCAACCAGGUUUCUUCCUACUCAAAAUCCAGUAGUUAAGUCCUAUUUUACUAUUUUAGGAAAAUUAUAAAUAGCUUUGCAUUCAUAACAUUGUUAUUUUUAUAGUAAAUAUGAAUCGAAUUUGUUUUUUGCCAUGAAUAAAAACAGAAAUCUAAAGAGAAAAUAGCAUUUUUACAAAAUUUGAAAUGUUUUUUUUUCUGACUGAAGUUUUUAUGACUACCUUUCAAAAUAAAAGACUUCCUGUGCCAAACAGGAUCAUUCUAGUCCAACAAAGAGAAAAAUGAUAUUUUCGUUUGUUAUACCUGGUGAGCUGUCAUCCAUUUUUCUAACCUGAACAUAAACAUAGAUUUAUUGGUUUAUGAUACAGUUGAAAAAGUAUUUAAAGAAUAUAUAAAUAUAAAUAUUGCAUAAGACAACUUUUUUGACCAAAGUUUAUCUUACUAUUUGGUAUAUGUGCAUGCCAGCAAGGAUGUAAAAACCUUUACACCUCAACUAUAAAUUUGUAAACUUAACUUAUCUCAAUCAAAUUAUUAUUUGCUCUAAUUCUAUUUUUCUUCAGCAGAGGAGUCACUCUGAACCUCAGGUUGCAGAUCCCUGCUUUAAGUGCAGAAAGUUAUUUUGCAUUCAUGUGAUUUGUUGUUUUUCUGAUGUUCAUGUGUGAUUUCUGAGUCAAUCAUGAAUGCAGCAUUUCCGUAAGUUUGUGUUUUCCUCUGAGGGAGGUGCAAUUGGCACUAAAAGGAGAACAAAACUCCAAAUUGUUCUGUUUCAAUCAAAAUGAAAGCAUGUUUUGUCCAGAUUUCUCUUUUUUUACCAUCUCCCUUUGGUCCUGGCCUUCUGUCAAAUUCCAAAACCCUUUCUGACCCACGAGUCCAAACGUUUGCCCACCCCUGCUGUGGAUGAAUUUUAUUUGAUCUUUUUUUUUGUCUGGAAAUUGUGGAUGUUUGCAGGAUCGAUUUUUAAAAACACUCCUCCAAAUUUGCAUAUUUUAUCUUUUCUAUUCCAGGAUGGAUGUUGUGGACUUCCAGUGUGAAACCCUUGGGGGAAAAAAAGGAAAAACAAAAAAAAAAAAAUGCUCCCAUCUGUGAAAGAAACCAGUCUGACUCAAGCACAUUGUUCUCACUAGUCUGCGUCCGACGUCUGCUUCCCCGUCCUCACGAUGGAGGAGAUUUUCCGUUGCUCUUGCUUGACAGUGUCUGUCGCCCAUCAGAGGUGAGCCGCGUCACGAGGCUCAGAGAUCAGGGCUGAAGGCUUUCCUGUAAGCAAUCAAACGAGCAGCAUUCAAGAAUCGGUUUUGCUUUGUCUUCAGUGCCUGUGGUAAACCGCGUUCCUCCGACUGCACCUGUAAAUGUUGUAAUUAUAAAGUAUUGUACUAUGGCUCUGGUAAAAGCUGUACAUUGCCCUUCAUAACACAUUCACCAAAAUUAAAUAAAUUACUUUAUAAUUCAUGGAGUCACAUUUCUUUCAGUAAAAUGACUUUUUUUUCUUUUUCUUUUUGCACAGUCUGAAGUGUAAAUCACUCAAAAAUAUAUCAAAUAUCACCAUAACUAUGAAAAAAACUAACUAUUCUUAUUAUGUAACUGGAAUGUUGUUUUCAUUUCUAAAAUAUAAAGUUCUUUUAUAUAGGAUUUCGGAAAACUAAAGUAAUUUCCAGAAAUUAAAAUGAAAUUUUAAAAGAAUUAAACAAAAUAAGCCCCCAGAAAAGGUGACUGGAUGAUGCCUGUUCCUGUUUCUUUUUGUUCUGAUUUCUGCAUAUUACUUUUGUUUAAUUUGAAUUCUUUUUCAGGUUUUUUAUUACUUUAAAGUUUCUGUUUUUGCUUUGAUUUUUAAUUCUCUAUUAGUUUUUCUAUUUUUAUUUGUUAUUUUGUUUUUUCAAAUGCCAUUGUUAAUCUGUUUUUGCAUCAGUGAUUUGUAGAUGUGAUUUGAACUUCCAGGCCACCGUACGUACUCCUUAUUCUGUGAUCAUUUCAAAAAGAAGAAAUAUUAGGAACUCAAGUUAGAUUAUAGAUAAACAAACACCAGAUCCUGGACCAGGGCGGUUCUAACCUUUAACAAAGAUUUGUGAUAAAUAAUUUGCAAAUAAACUAUUUCAUGAUUUGUAUUUUUUAGAUGAGCUUGUGAGAUAAUUUAGCCAAUCACACUGUAAAAAGUGAAACAUUGAAUCAACUAACAAAAACAAAAAUAAAUUACAAAAUUAAAAUUACAUUUUUGAGUUGAAUAAACUAUCAGCUCAAUAUUUUAAUUUGAUGAAAACUAAAACUUUCAAAUGGAACAACUUCCACUUAUUUUCAGCACACAAUCAAGAAAUUGUACGAACAGUUCUUAGAAAGUGUCGCGAAUUUCUAGAUUAAAAAGUUGAUUGUGAUUGGCUGAGGGGAAGGCCAGCUGUUUAGCUUUACUUUACUAGAAUUUACUAGAAUUCGCCACAAAACUUCUCAGGCGGGCGACCCGCUCAGACGUGACCUGACUCAGCGAUCUCGUCCUAAACCCAAUAAUCACCUUUGAGAGCGAGCUGCAGUCGGCAUCGUAAGGUGUUCUCUAAUUUAUGGUUCACUUUUGAUCACCACAGCUCCCUGAUUAGACCAUUCAUCACAACAUCAGGCUUCUGCUGAAAGUGUUUCUCUUUUCAGGUAAGAACAGACACUCGUUCAGUGAGUCAGUAUUCAAGCAAACACUGGUCAUAGUGCAAGUGACUGCAUCCAACAUGAGAUCUCUUUGGUUAUGGGAUCACACUGAAGCCUCCUCAUCUGCUCUACAAACACCCCUCCACUCCAAUGCUUCACUCUGACUUGGAAGCUAAAAUUACCUCCUAAAGAGCCUCUUUGUGUUUUUUCAACAUGUGAUUCCACUUGAUCAUUCUCUGAAUUUAGUGCUCUUUUCUAAAAAAAA